AUGUCCAGAAUGUACAAACUUAGGAAAAAGUGGGCCGCAGCUUAUACCAAGGGAAGAUAUUUCUUGGGUAUGCAGAGCAACCAGCGUAGUGAGAGUCUGAACUCUAGGCUCCACAAUCAUCUGGACCGGAAAAUGUCGUUGGUUGAUGUGGUGGAGCACACUGAGCACUGCAUAUCACGUAUGCGGAGGAACGAGGCCGAGUUGGAUGCAAUAUGUUCGCAGUCAGUUCCUUUCACUAGAAUAGAUGCUUGCCUGUUGGAGAUAAAUGCUGCUCGUAUUUAUACACCAAAAUUUUUCAAGAUGGUAAGAGAUUGUAUCCGGAGAUCAUGUGCAUGGGUGAUUCAAGAGCAAACAACAGUAAAUGACUUGGUCAGGUAUGAAGUUGUGUUAAAAGAUGGAGCGGAAGGAGGGAGCAGACGUUUGUUCUCUGUAGAGUGUUCUUUUGAUGGCUCGUUGAUGAAUGGUGCCUUCUGUCCUUGCCGUAAGAUGGAGUGCGAAGCCAUCCCUUGCGCGCACAUUUUCGCUGUUCUGGUUUUCGUACGGGCAGCGACCAUUCCUCCAUGUUGUGUUAGCAAAAGGUGGACAAUGGAAGCCAAGGCUGCAUUCGUGUCAGUGAGAAAUGCAAAUACACAUGUGUGGUCAAAAGAGAUGAGUCGUUACCGUGAACUGAGAAACAUAGCUAGUAUUGCUCUAUUCAAAGUAUCAAAAAGCGGGGAGCGUUCGCAGGAGGUGAAAGAUUAUCUCCAAAGUAUCAUCGAUGGGCCCAUCGAGAAUGAUGAUAACACCGAGGAGACAACAUUUGGUCCUAUACCCUCUCACUACUCUGCCGCAAGCCAUGCUUCAGCGGAUAGAGUCCUUGAUCCAAAAAUAGUCGACACAAAAGGUGCUCCAUGCAAGAAGAGAAUAAAGCCAUUUCACGAGACGUUGAGGGAAACGAACGGGCGGAAGAAGAGAACUAGAAGAUGCGGCCAAUGUAAAAGUUCCGAACAUGACAGGCGCAGAUGUCCAGAUUUAGGGAAAUAAAAUUGAUAGAAGCACAGUACCAAAUGUAAGUUGAUGUUCAUGGCCUAUUUAUGGAUUUGGGUUUGAAGUAUGUUUUAUAUCAUACAAUAUCAUAUUUUAACUUAUAUGCAGAUGGUAUACACGCCUGCACCGAAGUUAUUUCAGCUGGCACAAGUGUUGUCACAGCAACCAACUGAGCCCCAAGAAGAUCGAGAACUAUGUUGCCAGUAGACAUUUUUAUGGACCUGUUAAAUCUGUUGGCGUGACAGAGUUUAUGAACGUUGUUUUUGUUUGCUUGCAGACUCUUAUCACUUUGGUCGUGAUACUUGAUGACUAUUGAUUUUUUUUCAUAUCUGCUCGGUUUGUUUUGCUAUGUAUUGGCUCCAGCUUAUUUAAUGAAUUGUAAGCA